CCCUGAAUGUUCCAAAUAUAGAUCUAGUUCCUGGAUGCUUGGCACAUUGCCCAGGUAUCAGCGACAAAUUGUAGCCACCUUGCUCAGUAUCUUGAAAGUCAAGUCGCUGCACUGCCUCUGUAUAUUCAACGUCUCAAAUAUCGCUAACAAGCUCACAUCAAGCUAUCGGUUGUCUUGAAAGCCGCGACCUUCUUCUCACCGCCUGCUUAUCGAUAAGACACCAAAACACCCCCGCGACCCCCAAUCCCGCGCGUUGGCACCAGGUUUAGGAAGACUGGUCAAUUGCGUCGCAAACCCCGUCACAAACCAAUCAGCCACUUGUAGUCGCACCGCACAAGCUCGAAGCGAUCCAUACACACGAUGUCAUCGACCGAAGGCCCGCUCUUCAGCUCCGAGCUCAUCUCGCCCGAAGUCCUCAAAGCACUCCCAGAAGGUUACAGCUGCCGACCGCUCGAGAGGAAAGACUACCACAAUGGCUUCCUAGAUGUACUGAGGGUACUCACCACAGUGGGAGAUAUAACUGAAGAGCAAUGGAACAAACGCUACGACUGGAUGUCCGCGCGCAACGAUGAAUACUUCCUCCUCUGCAUCACCGACUCGUCCGACGCCAUCGUCGGCACCGGCGCCCUCAUCGUCGAGCGCAAAUUCAUCCAUCAGCUCGGCCUCGUAGGACACAUUGAGGACAUUGCUGUCGCCAAGGACCAGCAGGGCAAGAAGCUGGGUCUGAGGAUCAUUCAGGCGCUGGACUUUGUUGCGGAGAAGGUGGGCUGCUACAAGACUAUUUUGGAUUGCUCCGAGGCGAAUGAGGGGUUCUAUGUUAAGUGUGGGUUUAAGAGGGCGGGGCUCGAGAUGGCGCAUUACUAUGGGCGGUGAGAGAUGUGACAAGGGAGAUACAAUGCAUAGUGAGGGCGUUAUUUGGAGAGAUUGGAGAGAUAUCAGAUCUAUGGGAUAUAGACUAUCGAUAGAGUACAGCUACGGGAUAGAAUUGUGAUACGGAGCUGCGUGUAAACGUCUCAGUCUACAGAUGUGUCUACUGUGACCAGAGGAAGUCUAAACUUGCCCACCAGACCUGAUGCCCUAGAUAUUAUGAAAUUCAUGCAUUACGAUCAGGAAUCGCAACGCGAGGUGACAAAUAACGCGUGUUCUACUUUAUUUGCUGUUGGCGUUUGGG